GAUGAUGAUAAGUGGAAGUCUAUAAACAUCCAUCCAACUCUUUUUUGACUGUGUGGCGACACGGCGGCAGCCUAUAUUGAUACAGUUAUUCUUUGCUUGACCACAUCAUUGAUAAAUUAUUGUUGAAAAAAUGGCCAAGAAAAAUUCGAAUAGACAAAAUGUGAAUGAAAAGAAUAAUAUCAGUGAUAAUAAUAAAAUAGCACUAUUAUCGAAUCAUUUUGAUAAUGAUGAAACCGAUUCUAUUGAUUAUAAUGAAAUAUCUAAUCAUUCCAUCAAACACAAUAAUGAUAAUUCACUGAUUGAUCAUGAAAAAUGUGAAGCAUUUCGUCGUAUCGCUUCAGCUGAAGAGAUUGAAGAAAUGAGCAAUGAACUUUUGGACCAAUAUACCGAUCCUGAACAACGAGCCAAAAUUGAAGCAGAACUUCGAAAAGAAUUAGCCAAGACUGAAGAAGAAAUACAAACAUUGCGUACAGUAUUGACGGCCAAAAUAAAACGUUCGAAUGAUAUAAAAAGACAAUUAGGAAUCACUGUUUGGAAAGAACUUCGUGAUGAAGUGGGAACUAACCUGAAAAAUAUUCAAGAAACAACAGCCUCAGGAUUUAUGGCCAAACUGUCAACAGCAGCAGCUCCUUCUUAUCAGAGAACAAGUGAAGCAGUCAAAGUUGGCCAUCAAUCAGUGAUGGGAACACUUGGUUCGGUAGCACGUAAACUUGGUGAAGUUAAAAAUACGAACGCUUUCAAAUCGUUUGAAGAAAAAGUUGGCUACGCUGUUACUAAUGUCAAGUCCAAGAUUGGAUCUCGUAGUAGCAGUACCACCAAUUUCGAUGAAGCCCUUAACAAUUCAGAAAAUUCGGCAACUACACCGGUUACAUCGCCAACGAUUCCUGAAGAUAAAUCGCUUUCAUAAAAUAAUAACAAAUUGCAGUAUAUAUCAAUAUAAUGGAUUUAUUAUUGAUGCAUCCUUCAUUUUGGUUGGAUUUGCUAAACUAUUUUCUAUUUUU